GGCAAUCAGGACAUUUGGAGAAGCAGACAAAGAUUUAAAGACUAGGAAUCAAGACGUUUGGCAAAACAAAGAAUAUUAGAGGAGCCAUGGGGGCUUCAUUUGUUCAAUACACUACUUUUGCAUUUCUUCUUCUUGCAGUGAUGGAGUCCAUUGGAAGCCCAGCGUACGGCUCCAUCCUCUCCUCUGACUUCUCUGAUUUAAAGGACAUAUUAUCACGCUUGGAAGACAAACUUCCUUCUGAGGAUGUUGAGGCCCCAUCACCAGACUUGUUUGCCCAGAAUUAUGACACAGUUGACUCGUCAAAUUCAGCUCCUUCCUGGACUGGGGAAGCUUCAAGACCUCAGUCAGAUUUGGCCUAUAACAAAGGGUCCUGGGGGCCACCAGAUAAAUUGUCCCCACUCAAGAACAAACUACGGGAACUUCUCAACGCACCGAGGAGCAUGAGAAGAUCUGACUGCUUUGGAUCCCGGAUCGAUAAAAUUGGAGCACAGAGUGGCAUGGGGUGCAAUAGCAGACGGUUUUGAAGCAAGCAGUCCGAGAUAAGAAAAGCCCAGGUGUCGACGACCAAAGAGAGGGUGAAGGGUUAAUGUAUUUACAGACACUGUGCACCUAACACAAUCUACGUCAUUGUUUCAUUCAUGUGCAAAAUCUAUUUAUUUUUCUACAUGUAAAAUUUUGACAGCUCACAAAAACGUCACUAUUUAUUCAGAGUGAUUUAAUAUUAUCACAUCCGGAGGCUUGUGACGCAUUGCAGCAGAGAAAGUGUUAAAUCUUCAGGACCUUGGACGAGUUAAACACAUUUUAUUCCUUAUUUUGUUGUUGUUGUUCCAUUCUUUGUUGUAUAGUGAAGAAAAAUAAUAAAGGAUGCUUUCUACAAGCCUCAUGUUGCCGGGGA